UCCAAGUGUUUUACCUGUUAUGGAUUACUUACCUGUUUUGGAUCGUUUGCCUGGACUUAUACACUGUCCAUUUUGGACUGGGUCCUCUGUUUGGAUUACUGAUCUGUUUUGGACCCCCUGGAUGUUGCUGACUUCAUCUCCUUCCCGGUCUCUGACCUUGGCAGAUGCUGUGCAGUCUCCAUCAACUCCACUCACCCUGCAGCAAACUAAGAACCUUUUCCAAUCUGCUGCAAGACAAGGCAAUGAUGAGGUGGCAGCAAUGAAGGCAAAUCUAUCUGUUGAUUUGCUGAUGACUCUGCAGACCCCCCACUCCGCUCCCUCUGAGCCCUGGGCCCCUAGGGAGAGUCAGUUCCUGAAUGUGCCUCUCUGCCACAACACUAACAAGCCAAGGGUGGCCGUUCUCCAAAUAAGCCCAGAGGUGACAGAGCUUUGGAGAAGCCCCCUAACCUCAGCGCCACUCACUCCGUCGGGUGCAGGGACCCAAAGACUCAGAUGGCCAAGACUCCAGAGGUUUUACCGUCAGAAUGAGUGUUGUGACUGGCUCAAAGAAUACAAAAUGCGCCACAGAGUUGGUAUUCAAAUACGAAGGACUGUGGAGUCGAUCUCAAAGAGAUUCUUCACAGAAGUCCCUUGCGUUGGCCAGGUGCUGGGAGACAGCUUUGCAGAGAUCGAGUCACUCGGGAUGCCAGAGCACUUCUGUGAAGACGAGCUCCUCUUCAUACUCAACUCUGACGAGAGGAAAAGCUUGACCUUGAAGUACUAUGCAAAGAAAAUCCUUUACUUCCUGAGACAACAGAACAUCCUGAAGCAUUUGAAGACCUUUCUGGAGCAGCCUGCAGAGCAGCAGUCUGCUCUGGAAGGUGCCGUACUGGUGGAUCAGUAUUGUAACCCACUGGCAGAUGUCACACUGGACAGCAUAUCAGCUCAGCUGGAUGAGAUGGCAGAAAAAGUAAAGAAGAUGCUGAGAAUCAAGAACCCAUCUCACCCAAGCCUGCGUAUUGCCCAAGGUGACCAUUUUGUCAUAGAGGACUUUGAGCUCCAGAGACAAGUGGUGUGUGCUUUAAACUCUGUCUUAUAUGAGCAGCUUCAGUACAAAGGCAACGAAUUUGACUACUAUAAUCCCUUCAACUCCUACAUCCACCAGGUGCUACUAUGCCGUACAGGCAUUCCCAUAAGCCUCUCUGUUCUCUACAUGACAUUGGCCCACAAGCUGGGUGUCCAACUGGAACCUGUCAACUUUCCCAAUCACUUCCUGCUGCGCUGGUGCCAAAAACCAAGAGGGAGUGAAGACAUCUAUGACUUCGUUUACAUCGAUGCCUUUGGUAAAGGCAAGCAGCUGACAGCCAAGGAGUGCGAGUACCUCAUUGGCCACCAGGUGACGGCAGAUUACUACAGUGCCAUCAGUACUACAGAGGUGCUGCUCCGGAUGGUGGGAAACCUGCUUAACAUUGGCAAGAGAGGGGAGGGCAAUGAAAAAUCCUAUCAGCUGUUGAGAGACUCAUUGGACCUCUACCUCACUAUCAGUCCAGAUAAUGUGCAGUACCUGCUGCUGCAGGCACGCCUCUACUUCCACCUGGGCAUCUGGCCAGAAAAGGUGCUAGACAUUCUGCAGCACAUCCAGGCAUUGGAUCCCUCCCAACACGGGGCAGUGGGUUACCUGGUGCAGCACACGUUGGAGCACAUCCAGCACAAGAAACAUCCUGUGACACCUGAGGUGAAGAGGCGUAGUGCUUCAGAACACCUGGAGGUCAAGUAUUCAGUCGGCCUCAUCAUGAAGCACAAGAGGUCGGGUUAUAACUGUGUGAUCUAUGGCUGGGAUCCCAAAUGUACUAUGAGUCAGGAGUGGAUCACCACCAUGAGGGUCCACCAGUUGUCCAAUGGUGCCAAGCAACCUUUCUACAAUGUCCUUGUACAGGAUGGAACAUGCCGCUAUGCAGCACAGGAAAACUUGGAGCCCCACUCAGGCCCCCUGGAGAUUGGCCACCCAGAGGUGGGUCGCUACUUCACUGAGUUUGCCGACACCCACUAUGUUGCCAACGAAGAGCUGCAGACACGAUAUCCAGAGGACAUGAAUGAGACGCUGGGCACAGUGCAGGAGCUCUAUAACAGACUGACACCUGGCUCUGGGAGCCAAGAGCAGGCUUCUGCUACAGACCAAACCGAUCACCAAGCCACGCCCGUGUAGCAAAGUAGCCUGACACCCUGCUUGUGACCCGGGCCAACUGAUUACUGGUCACCCAUUCUCAAUUCACAGUCCACUUAGCUGUCGACAUAUUCCAGACCAGUAACAGAAGUUUGGUCAAAAAAACUAUCUGAAUACAGUAUUUUCAUAAAUGUGUAACAAGAAAUGAUUCAUAAAUGUGAUUUUGUACCACAGUCGGGAUCCUGUGCAAAGAUCAUUAAUGUUGCUGCUUUGAUACUCACAUUCAAAUACCACGGUGUAUUUGUUGUGAAAACAAAGCUCAAAGCGUGGAGCGAUUAUUUAUUUAUUUAUUUAUUUAUUUGUUUAACUAGAGAAAAGUCACAUUGACAAUCUCUCUUCCAAAACAUGGCCUAGUUGACCCCGUGCUGCAUCGCUCGAAACCCAAAGACACUGUAGUCUUCAGAUGCAGUUACAACAAAAUAGAGUUUGGGGGAAAAGUAGACAUAAGCAGACACCUUAGGGGAAAAAGAGGCUAUAGACUUGAAUAAACUGUUAAGUGGAUGAGUAAAUUCAGGAUGGGUAUCCAGAUACUGUAAAUCUACCUUUACUAAAAACUAAGGAAUGCCCCUUUACCCAGAGCUCACUAACCCCUGUCCAACACCUCCCUGCAUCCAAUAACAAGCCCCCAGCAUAUAUCCCAUCUCCCUUGUUACAGUGCCACAGAAAAGACUACAAAGAAAAUACUUUGUAAAUUGACUCUUACUUUUAAAUCUCCAUCUUUUAAGUUUCAUGCACUUAUGAAAGUAUAACUUUCACAUUUCUAGAUUUUUUUUCUGUAUAUUUACAAGUAAACCAUGUAGGAUGUCAUAGCUCAGUGUUGCUGAGCUGUUAAAAGUGGAACCAGUAAUGACACUGCUGACUGAAAACAAAUGAGGUUAAGCUUUGAUGAACAAAAUAAUAAAGCAUUUCAAGCU